ACCAAAUGCGCAUGCGUAAAAACAGAGCGUUCCUGGUUAUGCGCAUGCGCCUAGCCGACGAUAAGCAAUGGAGGAUCGACUGGAGGUAGGAGUGGGGAUUUCAUCAUCACUGGUGUCCACACCGCGACUGAUGGACAAUUGUUGAGAGAUCCGGACACAUUGUGGCUUCACAUUUCGGGACAUUCCCUGUCCAUUCCUACUCUCUCAACCCCACGAUCCGUACCUGGGCUCGCGGAGCUUUCUACUCAGGAGCGAAGGCGCUAGCACUAUUUACAUGGCGCAUGCGCAUCGAGGCUGCUGGAUGAGUCUCUCGUUUGUGAGGGUUUCUGGGUAGAGAGUCGGCCAUGGGUUCAAAGGAUCAUUUAGUAUCUGUACAUUGUACGUGGCCUAUCAGCGGCAUCAACAGAGCUUUACGAACUAAAUAAAAUACAGAAGGAAUAAGCGGAGCGGCCAUUGCCGAGAGUAGGCCAAUAACGAGAGUAGAAGCUCGGAAAAGGUGUCGGCUCUGUAAAGUGAGAAGAAAAAGUAUUUCAUCCCAGCUGGAAAUGUGCUUCAUGUCGGAAAUGAAGUUGUCUCUUUUAACCGUGAAAUCCUCUGGGAUUGUGUUGCUGAGAACACACCAGCUUUUGAUCACUAGAGAUCAGUUCUUCAACUGCAUUGACUAUGGGAGAGAUUCAAUCUUUCUGACAUCUGACUUGAUGAAAUGCCAGAGAAUUGAUAGCAGGGGUAUCAUUCUUUUUCUCUCAGUGUGAUAAGGAACUCUCUCAUUCAGCUGGCUCGCAGCACACCACCGAGUACAAACAGGAGAGAAACCGUUCAACUUCUCAGACUGUGGGAAAGGAUUCAAUUACUCAUCUGAUUGAUUGGCACACUGGUCAGUUUACACUGGAGAGAUGCUGUUCACAUGCUCAGACUGUGAGAAGCAAUUCACUGAAUCAUCUGACCUACUGGCACACAAGUCAGUCCACACUGUUAAUAGACCAUUCACCUGCUCAGACUGUGGGAAGAGAUUCACUCAGUCAUCUCAACUAAAGGCACAUCAGCGUAUUCACACGGGGGAGAGGCCAUUCACCUGCUCUGAUUGUGGGAAGGGAUUCACUCAGUCAACCCACUUAAAGAUACAUCAGUCAGUUCACACAGCGGAGAGGCCAUUCACCUGCUUCGACUGUGGGAAGGGAUUCACUCAGUCAUUCCAACUACUGGCCCACCAAUCGGUUCAUACAGGGGAGUGGUCAUUCACCUGCUCGGACUGUGGGAAGGGAUUCACUCAGUCCUCUAAACUGAAGGUACAUCAACGAGUUCACACUGGGGAGAGGCCAUUUACCUGCUCAGACUGUGGGAAGAGAUUUGCCCAGUCAUCUCAUCUGAAGGUACAUCAGCGAGUUCACACUGGGGAGAGACCAUUCACAUGCUCAGACUGUGGGAAGGGAUUCACUGAGUCAUCUACUCUGAAGGUACAUCAGCGAUGUCACACUGGGCAGAGACCGUUCACCUGCUCAGACUGUGGGAAGGGAUUUACUCGAUCAUCUUACCUUUUGGCACACCAGCGAGUUCACACGGGGGAGAGACCGUUCACCUGCUCGGACUGUGGGAAGGCAUUCACUCAGUCAUCUCAACUGAAGGUACAUCAGCGACUUCACACUGGGGAGAGGCCAUUUCCCUGCUCGGACUGUGGGAAGGGAUUCACUCGAUCAUCUUACCUACUGGCACACCGGCGAGUUCACACUGGGGAGAGACCAUUCACCUGCUCAGACUGUGGAAGAGGAUUCACUAAGUCAACUAACCUACAUAGACAUCAACGAGUUCACACUGGGGAGAGACAUGCUGAGACUUUGGCAAGGGAUUCACUGAGUUAUCUCAACUGAAGGAACGUCAGUGGGGAGUUCACAGUGGGGAGAGGCCGUUCACCUGCUCUGAUUGUCGGAAGACUUUCACAGGUGUGUUAACAACAAGGAGGGACCAUUCACCUACCCACUCAGUCAGCCAACCUGCAGAGACACCAGUCAUUUCACACUGGGGAGAGACCAUUCACCUGCUCUGAUUGUGGAAAGGGACUCAAAGGUGAUAAGGGUUUCUCAGACUCAUAAGGGAUUUACUCAACCGUCUGAUCUACUGGCACACAAGUGAGUUCACACUGGGGAGAGACCUGCGCAGACUGUGGGAAGUGAUUCACUUGGUCAUCUCAUAAAUUCACAUGGGGAGAGGCCAUUCACCUGCUCAGAAUGGCAAAGGAUUCACUCAGUCACGUUCCUUACUGGCACCCCAGUGAGUUCACACUGGGGAGAAGCCAUUCGCCUGCUCAGAUUGUGUGAAGGGAUUUGCUCAGUCAUCUCAACUGAGGCUACAUUCAGCAGGUUCACACUGGAUAGAAUCUUUCACCUGUUCAGACUGUGGGAAGGGAUUUGCUCAGUGAUUGUAUCUACUGGCACAACAGUGAGUUCAUACUGGGGAGUGGCUAUUCACCUGCUUUGGUUAUGGGAAGGGAUUCAGUUGGUCAUGUCACCUGCAGACACACCAGUCAGUUCACACUGGGGAGAGGCUGUUCACCCCCUGCUCAGAAUGUGGGAGGGGAUUUGCCCGAUUAUCUGACUGUUUGGAACGCAGGUCAGUUCACACUGGGGCGAGGCCACUUACCUACAUAGACUGUGGGAAGGGUUUCAAUUAGUCAUCCCAUCUGUACACACUUGGGGGAGACUUUUCACCUGUUCAGAUUGUGGGAAAUGAGUCACUCAGUCACCUCAACUGAAUAUUCUUUCUUUCUUUUUAAAUCUUUUUAUUAAUUUUUAAGCAAACAUAAAUGAAACAUGAAUACAAAGUGUUUGAGAGUACAUGGUUAAGUUUAAGUAGACAUUCAAAUAUAUAAUAAUCAAUAUAUAUAUCCUCCCAAACUCAUAGUAUUUAUGAACAAAAGAAAUAAAAAGAAAAAAAAACCCAAAAAAAAGAAGAAAAAUAACACUAAUUAACAUGGGCCUUUGCAUAAUGUUAGAUAUAUACAGUAGUGCCAAUAACUCCGAACCUCCAUCCAAAUAAUUAAGGAUAAUAAAAGUGAGGUUUAGGAAAAGACAAAUUAACUCAUACGAAAAUGUUGAAUAAAUGGUCUCCAAGUUUCUUCAAAUUUAACUGAAAGAUCAAAAGCAACACUUCUAAUUUUUUCUAAGCUCAAACAAGAGAUAGUUUGAGAAAACCACUGAAAUAUAGUUGGAGGAUUAAUUUCUUUCCAAUUCAAUAAAAUAGAUCUUCUAGCCAUUAACGUAACAAAUGCAAUCAUUCAUCAAGAUGAAGAGGAUAAACGACUAUUAUCCACCAUUGGUAAACCAAAAAUUGCAGUAAUAGGAUGAGGUUGGAAAUUGAUAUUCAGAACUCUUGAAAUAAUACUGAAAAUAUCUUUCCAGUAAUUUUGCAAACAAGGGCAAGACCAAAACAUAUGGGUCAAUGAAGCAACAUCAGAAUGACACCUGUCACAGGUUGGAUUAACAUGAAAAUAAAAUUGAGCAAGUUUAUCCUUAGACAUAUGAGCUCUAUGUACAACCUUAAAUUCUAUUAGGGCAUGUUUAGCACAAAUAGAGGACGAAUUGACUAAUAGUAAAAUUUUCUCCCACUGCUCAGUGGAUAUAAGACAAUGAAGUUCUUCUUCCCAUUCCUUCUUAAUUUUUUCUGAUACUUCUGGCGGUAUUUUCAUAAUCAUAUUAUAAGUGACAGCUACUAAACCUUUUUGACAAGGAUUCAGAGCUAAAAUUCUGUAAUGUUCAAUGGACAUAGUUUCGGAAAAGAAACUGAAUGUUCAACAGCAAAUUCACACUUAGACAAGGCAGUACAUCUAUUGAGACCAUAGGAAGGGAUUCAUUCAGUCAGGUUCCCUACUGGCACAGCAGUAAAUUUACUCUGGGCAGAAACCAUUCACCUUGCUCUAAGUCUGGGAAGGGAUUCAUUUGGCCAAUCCACCAUGUGAUACAUUACUGAGCUCACUCUGGAGAAAAGGCUGAAAUAAGCUGCAUAACGGAUAGUUAACCAUCGCAGUUACUGAAUCCAGAUUCAGGUUCAGCAUCAUGGUCACCAUGCAUGGGAGGAGUUUCUUCUGCUGAUGUAUAUUCUGUCUAUUGUAUUUUAUGUUGUGUGUUUUUAUAAUGGGUUAUGAAUGAACACUUUCCAAGCAUUGAUAGCUACAGCAAUGCCUUUAAAGGGGAUGUGAAACAAUGGUUGACCGAUAAAUGUUUUAGUGAAGGUCAUGUUGCUGUAAUAAGUGAAAAUGUGUCUCACCUUCCAACAGAUAAUGUUGAUUGUCAUCAAGAAAUUGCCCUAUAUACUUAGGGAUAAAUGGAGAAUGGUUGUCUUUGAACUGCAAGAAAGGCACAACUGUAAGACUACUUUUGCUGGUAUUGUUGAUUUUAUGGAAAGGCAAGUAAAGUUUGCAACAGACCCUGUAUUUGGGAUGCUCCAUCUCCUGCACUAAGCAAAGGUGUGAACAAAACUAAGUCACAAUGUUGUUCUAAGGCUAAAGGAAUCAGCUUUGCCUACUGUGGCCACUAUGAUAAGUAAUACUAAAACUGAGCCUGGAACUAAUGGAAGGGAAAUGGCCUAAAACAAGCUGGAUGAACUCAGCAGGUCGGGCAGCAUCCAUUAAAAUGAGCAGACAACGUAUCAGGCCGAGACGCUUCGUCAGGACUGUCCUGGACAUAGUUUCAGGAUUGGAAGUAGCUAGCUUAGAUAGUGAAAACUAAGGUCAACUAUCUAUACACAGGAAAGUAUGCCUAUCAACAGAGGGAACAUUCCAUGAUGGUGGGAUCUCCAGGGAUGGUCUCACCUGAAACAUGUCCGUUUGCCAGAGAUUGAUUUGGAAAUUGAGCUGCUGAGGGGGACGAAUGUGCCUGAGGCAUUGGAGCCAUUGCAAGUGAUUUGCAAUGUUAAUAAUAGACUUUAUACAAUUAGAAUAAUAUUGGAAUGGACUGUGAAUAGACCACUGAAUUGAGACAAUGGUGAUGGGAGAGACCGUGUAUAAGGCUGACAGUUAACAGGGUCUGAGUUUUGAACUUGGAUGAGCUUUAACAGGGGCAGUUCAAAGCCUGAAUGCAGACAAGAUGACCAACCUGUUUUGUCAAAGGAAGACCCUAAUGCUGGUUACAAAUUCUGCAAAACUGGUGGAUGGCCACUAACAGAUUAGUUUACCUUUGAGAAAGAAGGAGGUUAACAUGUCAAGUAACCAGAGGAUCUAACAGAGGAAAGUCACAGUGGGCAGGUCUCUAACAUGGCCUCUGUGACUCAAAGGGGAAGAGGGAGAAGAGAAAUGCUGUGAUGAUAGGGAAUUCACUAUUUAGGGGAACAGACAGGAGGUUCUGUGGACGAGAAUGAGAUGUUGCAUCCCAGGUGCCAAGGUACGGGAUAUCUCAGGUUGAGUCCUCAGUGUUUUGAAGUGGGAGGGUGAACAGGCAGAAGUCAUGGUCCAUGUAAGUACCAAUAGGUAGGACAGGUGAUGAGAUACUGCACAAUGGAGUUUAAACUAGAGUUGCAGGGGGAUGUGAACUGGAGUGCCAGAACAGUUAAUGGAGUGGUUGUGGAAGGAGCUGUUGGUAAGACCUCAGGCAAAGUUAGGAAUCAGAAGGUCGAGCGUGGUGCAGCUAGUGUUCUGAGCUGCCUAUAUUUCAAUGCAAGAGUAUUGAAGGAAAGGCAGAUAAUAGUGCUGACGACAAGGAAGCUGGUUUACAAACAAAGGUAAUGUGUAGUGAGGAGAGGCUGUUGAUAGGGCAAAAUUGCAGUCAGCAGGAUGAGUUGCUAUGUAAAAGGCGGACAGAAUCGAAAAGAGUGAACGCAGGACUGAAGGUGUUACAUUUGAAUGUGUGCAAUUUAUGGAAUACGGUAGAUGAACUUGCAGCACAGUUGCAAAUUUGCAGGUAUGAUGUUGUAGGCAUCACUGAAUCAUGGCUGAAAGAAGAUUAUAACUGGGAGCUUAAUGUCCAAGGAUGGAUAUUGUAUCGAAUUAGGCAGAAAGGCAGGGGAGCAACAUUGCUCUAUUGGUAAAAAAUUAAAUCAAAUCAUUGGAAAGAGAUGAUGUGGGGUUGGAAGGUAUUGAAUCAUUGUGGAUAGAGCUAAGGAACUAUAUGGGUAAAAAGAGUCUAAUGGAAGUUGUAUACAGACCCUGAAUCAGUAGUAAGGAUGUGGCCUACAAAUUUCAAUGGGAGAUAGAAAAUGCAUGCCAAAAGGGCAGUGUUGCAGUAGUCAUGGGGGACUUCAGUAUGCAGGUAGAUUAGGAAAAUCAGGGUGGUGCUGGAGUCCAGGAGAGAGGAUUUCUAGAGUGCCUAUGAGAUGGCUUUUUAGAGUAGCUCAUGGUUGAGCCCACUAGGGGAUCAGCUGUUCUGGAUUGGGUGUUGUGUCAUGAGCAAGAAUUGAUUAGAGAAUUUAAGGUAAAAGUGAUCAUUAUAUGAUUGAAUUCACCCUGAAAUUUGAGAAGGAGAGCUAAAGUCAGAUCUAUUAGUAUUAGACUGGAGUAAAGGGAAUUACAGGGGCAUGAGAGAGGAGUUGGCUAGAGUUGAUUGGAUAAGAACACCGGCAAGGAUGAUGGCAGAGCAGCAAUGACUGGAAUUUCUGAAAGCAAUUUGGAAGAUACAGAAUAUAUUGAUAACAAAGAGGAAGAAGUAUUGGAAAGAUGACACAACCAUGGUUAACAAAUGAAGUCAAAGCCAACAUAAAAACCAAAGAGAGGGCAUAUAAUAGAGCAAAAAUUAGUCGGAAAUUUAAAAACCAACAGAAGGCAACUAAAAAAAAUCAUUAAGGUAAAGAUGGAAUACGAAAGUAAGUUAGCCAAUAAUAUUAAAGAGGAUACCAAAAGUUUCUUCAGAUACAUAAAGUGUAAAAGUGAGGCGAGAGUAGAUGUCGGACCGCUUGAAAAUGGUGCUGGAGAGGGAGUAAUGGGGAACAACGAAAUGGCGGACGAACUGAAUAAGUAUUUUGCGUCAGUCUUCAGUGUGGGGGAAAAAAACAGCAGAAUGGUGGAAGCUCCAGUUGUUGGGGUCAUGAAGUGUGUAAAGUUAGCAUAACUAGAGAGAAGGUUCUUGGGAAAGUGAAAUGUCUGAAGUCACCUGGACCAGAUGGUGCCUAUCCCAGGGUUCUGAAAGAUGUGGGUGAAGAUAUCGUGGAGGUAUUAGUAAUGAUCUUUCAAGAAUCACUAGAUUCUGUAAUGGUUCCAGAAGACUGGAAAAUUGAAAAUGUCACUCCAUUCUUCAAGAAAGGAAACUAUAGGACAGUUAGUCUGAUGCUAGUGGUUGGAAAGACGUUGGAGUCAAUUUUGAAGGAUGAAGGCUCAGGGUACUUGGAGACACAUGAUAAAAUAGGCCGUAGUCAACAUGGUUUUCUCAAGGGAAAAUCUUGCUUGACAAAUCUGUUGGAAUUCUUUGAAGAAAUAGCAAGCAGAAUAGACAAUGGAGAAUCGGCUGAUGUUGUGUACUUGUAUUUUCGGAAGGCCUUUGACGAGGUGCCAUAUAUGAGGCUGCUUAGCAAGCAAUGAGCGCGUGGUAUUACAGGAAAGAUUCUAACUUGGAUAAAGCUGUGGCUGAUUGGCAGGGGGCAAAGAGUGGAAAUGAAGCCUUUUUUGGUGGGUGCCAGUGACAAGUGGUGUUCCACAGGGGUAUGUGUUGGGACAGAUUCUUUGUACGUAUUGUGUCAGUGAUUUGAAUGAUGGAAUUGAUGACUUUGUUGCAAAGUUUGCAGACGAUAUGAAGAUAGGUGGAGGGGCGGGUACUUUUGAGGAAGUAAGGAAACUACGGGAGGACUUAGAUUAGGAGAAUGGGCAAAUAAAUGGCAGAUGGAAUACAAUUUCAAGAGAUGUAUGGUAAUGCACGAUGGUAGAAGAAAUGAAAGGGUUGACUAUUUUCUAAGUGGACAGAAAAUAUUUUUAAAAAUUGAGGUGUAAAGCAACGUCCUUGUGCAGGAUUCCCUAAAGGUUAAUUUGCAGGUUGAGUGUGGUGAGGGAGGCAAACGUAUUGUUAUCGUUCAUUUCAAGAGGACUAGAAUAUAAAAGCAAGGAUGUAAUGUUGAGAAUUUAUAAAGCACUGAUGAGUCCUCACUUGCAGUAUUGUGAGCAGGUUUGAGUCCCUUAGAAAGCAUGUGCUGAAGCUGGAGAGGAUUCAAAGGUGGUUCAUGAAAAUGAUUACAAUUAUGAAUGACGUCAUAUAAGAGUGUUUGAUUGCUCUGGGCCUGUAGUCACUAGAAUUCAGAGUAAUGAUGGGUGAUCUCAUUGAAACCUAUUGAAUGCUGAAAGACCUUGAUAGAGUGGAUGUGGAGAGUCUAAGGCCAGAAGACACAGCUUCAGAAUGAAGAGACGUCCUUUUAGAAUAGAGAUAAAGAGGAAUUUUCUCAGUCAGAGAGUGGUGAAUCUGUGGAAUUCUUUGCCACAGACAACUGUGGAGGCCAAAUCAUUAUGUAUAUUUAAGGCAGAGGUUGAUAGUUUCUUGAUUGGUCAGAGCAUGAAGGGAUACAGGGGGAAGGCAGGAAAUUGGGGCUGAGAGUAAAAUUGAUGAAAUGACAGGGCAGACUCAAUGGCCAAAUGGGCCAAUUCUGCUCCUAUAUCUUAUAGCCUUAUAACAUGACGAUUGUGGACAGCAUGCUCUAAAUCUAAGGUAGAUAUUUAAGAGGGAUUUGUAAUUUCACAGUGACUACUCAGCUUUCAAGAAGGAUGUCAUCUCCAAAAGUUACGCUGAAAGAAUGCCAUCAGAAGAUCUGGAUCGCAGUGAUGGUAAGGUCUAGUAUAUUCAACAUCAUGGUGUUUACCACCCCAGAGAAGGAGUGCUGUGUUUGUGGAGUAACUUUUCUGUGAAUAUCACUUCAUGUUUAGUUCUUACAGGACCAGAUCUUACUAGCUCAUUGGUUGGAGUCCCAGCCAGAUUCAGAAAGGAACCAGUGGUGAUCAUGGUAGAUCUUAAAUCAAUGUUUCAUCAGUUUAAAGUACCAGUGGAAGAUACAGAUAUUUUGUGCAGAAGACAACGAAGAACAGUUUAGCUGUGAAACGGUGGAUAAGGUUUUGCAUUGUUUCUGUGUUGAUGACUGUUUUGUGUCAGUGUUCUUUGAGGAAGAAACAGCGUCUCUCUAUCAUGUGCUAAGUGUGGCUUUCAACUCACAAAGUGGAUGAGCCCCAGACAUAGUGUGUUAGCUGUUAUACCAGUAGAGCAAAGAGCGAAAGCCAUGAAGGAUUUGGAUCAAGAUAUACUUUCAGUGGAGAGUGUAUUGGGUGUGCAUUUCAGUUUGAUCCUUCCAAGUUUAAGAUCACGAUUCAAGGACCACUCACCAGAGUGGUGGUCCUCUCCACUGUUAGUUUCAUCUACGAUUCUUUAGGAAUCUUGAGUUUGGUGGUGCUAAUUGCUAAGAUCAUACAAGAUCUAUGUAAGAAAGAGCUUGGCCUGGUUGACAUGAUGCCAACACCUUUUGCUCAUGUGUGGGCAAGCUGGUUGGAAGAACUCUGCCGGUGGAAAGACUUCAUGGUUGUUAGAUAUUUGAACCCCUAGGACUUUGGUAAAGUUAUUGCUGCAUGGUAACAUCACUUUUCAGAUGCAGGCGAAGAUAGCUAUGGUGCAGUGUCUUACCCGUUGUCGCACAACACAUGCUCUCGGGUGCACUGUGCUUUUAUCAAGGGACAACCUAGGGUACCUCCAUUGAAAUCAGUUUCCAUCCCUUUUAUGGAGGUCGCUGUUGUUACAAAGGCAAUCUGUAUGGAGACAAUGUGGCAGAAGGAGUUGCACAGGCAGCUUUGUGACUCAGUUCUGUGGACUGAUUGUACUUCUGAACUGAAGUAUAUUAAGAAUGAAACUUAUAGGUUCCAAACCUUUGUUGCUGAAAUUCUUAAGGUUUUACAAGCAUCACAAUGGAGAUUGUAAACACUUCAAGGGACCUAGCAGAUGUGGCCUCUUGAUGGUUGAGAGUGGAAGCAUUCCUGAAGAAUGAAACAUGGGUGUCAGAACAUCAAUAUCUUUUUCAGCCUGAAAGGGAUUGGCCCGUGAAUCCUGAUUCUUCUGGAGCAUUCCUGCCAGGUGAUCUGGAAGUCAGAAGAAGUGUUUCAAUGGAUGCCAUGCAGAUUGAAGAGGAGGUGGACACGGGAGCAUGUAUGAUCCAUCACUUCUUGUUUUGGACUUGUUUGAGGAAGACAGUGGCUUGGAAUCUUAGAUUUAAGAAAUUCCUCUUGUUUCUUAGUUGGAUGAGGAUGCAAUUGAGUAUCGCUCUUGCUCAGUCUGAUUUGGAUGAAUAAUGACAAGUAUAUUGUUCAGAGAGAAAUAUUGAGAAGGCCAAAGGUCUGACUGACCGAGUUUAUCUCUCAGUGGAGGAGCUCAGAAAGGCUGAAAUGGAGAUAGAAACAUAGAAAAUAGGUGCAGGAAAAGGCUAUUUGGCCCUUUGAGCCUGCACUGCCAUUCAGUACAAUCAUGGCUGAUCAUCAAAACCCUGUACCUGCUUUCCCUCCAUACCUCCGAUCACUUUAGCCACAAGGGCCAUAUCUAACUUCCUCUUAAAUAUAGCCAAUGAACCAGCCUCAACUGUUUCCUGUGGCAGAGAAUUCCACAGAUUCACCACUCUCUGUGUGAAGAAGUUUUUCCUUAUCUCGGUCCUAAAAGGCUUCCCCUUUAUCCUUAAACUGUGACCCCUCGUUCUGGACUUCCCCAACAUACGUUUCAAUAAGAUCCCCCCUCAAUCUUCUAAAUUCCAGUGAGUAUAAGCCUAGUCGAUCCAGUCUUUCUUCAUUUGAAAGUCCUGCCAUCCCAGGAAUCAAUCUGGUGAACCUUCUUUAUACUCCCUCUAUGGCAAGAAUGUCUUUCCUCAGAUUCAGGGACCAAAACUGCACACAAUACUCGAGGUGCGGUCUCACCAAGGCCUUGUAAAACUGCAGUAGAACCUCCGUGCUCCAGUACUAAAAUCCUUUUGCUAUGAAUGCCAACAUACCAUUUGCCUUUUUCACCGCCUGCUGUACCUGCAUGCCCACCUUCAAUGACUGGUGUACAAUUACACCCAGGUCUCGUUGCACCUUCCCUUUUCCUAAUCAGCCGCCAUUCAGAUAAUAAUGUUUUCCUGUUCUUGCAACCAAAGUGGAUAACCUCAUAUUUAUCCACAUUAAAUUGCAUCUGCCAUGAAUUUGCCCACUCACCUAACCUAUCCAAGUCACCCUGCAUCCUCUUAGCAUCCUCCUCACAGCUAACAUCGCUGCCCAGCUUCAUAUCAUCCACAAACUUGGAGAUGCUGCAUUUAAUUCCCUCAUCUAAAUCAUUAAUAUAUAUGUUGUAAACAACUGGGGUCCCAGCACUGAGCCUUGCAGUAGCCCACUAGUCACUGCCUGCCAUUCUGAAAAGGUCGGGUUUAUUCCCACGCUUUGCUUCCUGUCUGCCAACCAAUUCUUUAUCCAUAUCAAUACCGUAGCCCCCAUACUGUGUGCUUUAAGUUUGCACGCUAAUCUCCUGUGUGGGACCUUGUCAAAAGCCUUUUGAAAAUCUAAAUAUACCACAUCCACUGGCUCUCCCCUAUCCAUUCUACUAGUUACAUCUACAGAAAAUUCUAUAAGAUUUGUCAGACAUGAUUUUCCUUUCACAAAUCCAUGCUGACUUUGAUGAUUUCACCUCUUUCCAAAUGUGCUGAUAUCGCAUCUUUGAUAACCGACUCUAGCAUUUUCCCCACCACCGAUGUCAGACUAACCGAUCUAUAAUUCCCCGGUUUCUUUCUCCCUCCUUUUUUAAAAAGUGGGGUUACAUUAGCCACCCUCCAAUCCUCAGGAACUAAUCCAGAAUCUAAGGAGUUUUGAAAAAUUAUCACUCAUGCAUCCACUGUUUCUUGGGCUACUUCCUUAAGCACUCUGGGAUGCAGAUCAUCUGGCCCUGGGGAUUUAUCUGCCUUUAAUCCCUUCAAUUUACCUAACACCACUUCCCUACUAACAUGUAUUUCCCUCAGUUCCUCCAUCUCACUAGACCCUCGGUCCCUUACUAUUUCCGGAAGAUUAUUUAUGUCCUUCUUAGUGAAGGCAGAACCAAAGUAGUUAUUCAAUUGGUCUGCCAUGUCUUUGUUCCCUAUGAUCAAUUCACCUGUUUCUGACUGUAAAGGACCUACGUUUGUCUUGACCAAUCUUUUUCUUUUCACAUAUCUAUAAAAGCUUUUACAGUCAGUUUUUAUGUUCCCUGCCAGCUUUCUCUCAUAAACUUUUCUCCCUUUCCUAAUUAAGCCCUUUGUUCUUCUCUGCUGGUCUCUGAAUUUCUCCCAGUCCUCAGGUAUGCCGCCUUUUUUGCUAAUUUAUAUGUUUCUUCUUUGGACUUGAUACUAUCCCCAAUUUCCCUUGUCAGCCACGGGUGCACUACCUUCCCUGGUUUAUUCUUUUGCCAAACUGGGAUGAACAAUUGUUGUAGUUCAUCCAUACGAUCUUCAAAUGCUUGCCAUUGCAUAUUCACUGUCAACCCUUUCAGUAUCAUUUGCCAGUCUGUCUUAGCUAAUUCACGUCUCAUACCUUCAAAGUUACCCUUCUUUAAGUUCAGAACCUUUGUUUCUGAAUUAACUAUGUCACUCUCCAUCUUAAUGAAGAAUUCCAUCAUAUUAUGGUCACUCUUACCCAAGGGGACUCGCACGACAAGAUUGCUAACUAACCCUUCCUCAUUGCUCAAUACCCAAUCUAGAAUGGCCUGCUCACUAAUUGGUUCCUCGACAUGUUGGUUCAGAAAACCAUCCCACAUACAUUCCAAGAAAUCCUCUUCCUCAACACCCUUACCAAUUUGUUUCACCCAAUCUAUAUGUAGAUUGAAGUCACCCAUUAUAACUACUGUUCCUUUUUUGCACGUAUUUCUAAUUUCCUGUUUAAUGCCAUCCCCAACCUCACUACUACUGUUAGGUGACCUGUACACAACUCCCACCAGCGUUUUCUGCCCCUUAGUGUUAUGCAGUUCUACCCAUAUCGAUUCCACAUCCUCCAGGCUAAUGUCCUUCCUUUCUAUUGCAUUAAUCUCCUCUCUAACCAGCAAUGCUAUCCCACCUCCUUUUCUUUCCUGUCUAUCCCUCCUGAAUAUCGAAUAUCCCUGGAUGUUGAGCUCCCAUCCUUGGUCACCCUGGAGCCAUGUCUCUGUGAUCCCAACUAUAUCAUAUUCAUUAAUAACAAUCUGUACAUUCAAUUCAUCCACCUUGUUACGAAUGCUCCUUGCAUUGACACACAAAGCCUUCAGGCUUGUUUUUACAACACUCUUAGCCCUUAUACAAUUAUGUUGAAAAGUGGCUCUUUUUGCUUUUUGUCCUGGAUUUGCCUGCCUGCCACUUUUACUUUUCUCCUUACUACUUUUUGCUUCUACCCUCAUUUUACACCCCUCUGUCUCUCUGCACUUGUUCCCAUUAUGUUUUGCUAAAGAAACAUAUUUCCAUAUGAAUUCUCAAGUUUGCAAAGGGGCAAAAGCAUGAAAAGGAACUGCCAUAUUUUCAAGCUCAAUCCAGUACUUGAAGAUGAUGUCUUGAGGGUUGGCGGAUGGCUUAGUAGGGCAGCCAGGCCUGAAGAGUUUAAACAUCCUGUUGUACUAGCAGAGGAUCUCCGUACCUCAGACUUAUUUAGAAAAACAUAGAAAACCCUCAGCACAAUACAGGCCCUUAAGCCCACAAAGCUGUGCCAACCAUGUCCUUACCUUAGAAAUUACUUAGGCUUACCUUUAUUUUUCUAAGCUCCAUGUACCUAUUCAGGAGUCUCUUUAAAGACCCAAUCGCACCUGCCUCCUGCAGCCCAUUCUACACAUUCACCACUCUCUGCAUAAAAAUACUUAUCCCUGACAUCUCUGUACCUACUUCCAAACAUCUUAAAACUGUGCCCUCAUGUGCUAGCCAUUUCAGCCCUGGGAAAAGCCUCUGACUAUCCACAUGAUCAAUGCUUCUCAUCAUCUUAUACACCUCAAUCAGGUCACCUCUCAUUCUCUGUCACUCAACCUAUUCUCAUAAGGCAUGCCCCCCAAUUCAGGCAACAUCCUUGUAAAUCUCCUCUGUACCUUUCUAUGGUUUCCACAUCCUGUAGUGAAGUGACCAGAACUGAGCAUAGUACUCCAAGUGGGGUCUGACCAGGGUCCUAUAUAGCUGCAACAUUACCUCUCAGUUCCUAAGUUCAAUUCCACGAUUGAUGAAGGCCAGUCCACCAUGCAUUCUUAACCACAGAGUCAACCUGAACAGCAGCUUUGAGUGCCCUAUGGACUUGGACCCAUACUGUCAUCACACUGCCAAGAGUCUUACCAAGAAUACUAUAUUCUGCUGUCAUAUUGGACCUACCAAAAUUAACCACCUCACACUUAUCUAGGUUGAACUUCAUCUGCCACUUCUCAGCCCAGUUUUGCAUCCUAUCGAUGUCCUGCUGUAACCUCUGACGGCCCUCUAUACUAUCCUGAACACCUCCAACCUUUAUGUCAUCAGCAAAUUUACUAACCCAUUCCUCCACUUCCUCAUCCAGGUCAUUUAUAAAAAUCACGAAGGGUAGGGGAUUCAGGGAUCCCUGAAGCACACCACUGGUCACUGACUUUCAUGUAAAAUAUGACCCAUCUACAACCACUCUUUGCCUUGUGUGGGCAAGCCAAUUCUGGAUCCACAAAGCAGUGUCCCCUUGGAUCCCAUGCCUACUUAUUUCUGAGGCCUGUCUUUCAAGAGGUGGGACAUGGUGGCCUUAAUACUGGAUUCCUGGCACUGAUAUGGCUAUAAGAAGAAUCCUGUCUAAGUGUGUUGUUUGUCAACAGUUGCACGCGGUUCCAGGAUGUCAGCACGUGGCGAACUACCUGUGGACAGGGUUUCUCCAGAUGAACCUCCCUUUAUAUGUGUAGAAGUAGACUACUUUAGACCUUUUGAGGUGAAGGGCAGAAGGAGUACGAUGAAGACGUAUGGGGUCAUAUUUGCCUGUCUAGUUAUAUGAACUGUUCACAUUGAAGUGGCAUCUUUGUUAUGCACCUUGAGACUUUAUAGUAAGAGGUGGACAGAUCUGUGAACUGCACUCUGAUAACUUUGAUGAAGCUGAGUGUGAGUUAAGAGAAGCCAUUGAGAAGUGGAGCCAUUCGAAGAUCAUUGACGUCCUUCUUCUGAAAGGAAUUCCAUGGAUUUCUAAUCACCUGGUUGGCUUUUAUCAUGAGGGAACAUGGGAGAAAUUGAUCAGGUCUGUUUGAAGGAUUUUCAAUUCCACCAUGAAGGUACAAAAUCUUGAGAACGAGGGUUUCUACACAGUCCUUUGCAAAAUAGAGGCUAUUACCCAUGGUCAUUCAACUACUAAGGCAUCCUCUGAUCCCAAUAAUUCGGAAGCUGUAAUACCCGACCAUCUGUUGCAGCUGAAGACUUCACCAUCCGCCACCAGGAGACUUCCAAAACGGAAGACAUUGAACUUAUCACAUCCAAUACAGGUCAAACUUGUUUUGGAAUGGUGGGUGAAGGAGUACUUAGCACAGUUAUAGGAACAUCAGAAAUGGUCAGGUAUUGAGUGCAAUUUCCUUCCAAUAAAGUUGCCUUGCAGCUCAUGGAUCCACAGGAAGAGUACUUCGAAUCUUUCCAGACAAGAGGAUUUGUGCUGCAAAUGUGCAUCAAGACCAAGACUUGACUGGACAAGCCUAUAUCUGUCUUUCACAGGAGGCAGAGGUUUCAGGAACUACAGUUCUAAAAGCUUCAUGACUUUGACUUGACUUACUGACUUGUCAGAGAGAGAUAUUAAUGAUUACUCUGUACUGGCUAAAGUGCUGACACUUCUGGUCUAGGUAACUAACAUAAUUUGAUUGAAAGAAGAAAGAGCACAUUUGCAUAAAUGUAAAGAUAUUUAUCCUUGAAGAUUUCAUGUUUCCUAAUUUUGUAGUAUUUAGUUGAGAUUAUUAUUUAAUAAUUAGGGGCUGGGACGUCAGAGCCAUCUAUCUAUAUUCUGUCUGUCUACAUUAUAGUUUAUGUUGCGUGUAUUUAUUGUGGACUAAGAGGUCCGAUCAAUGUUGGGACCAGAGUACUUCAAAGAGGUUACUGGCAGGUCGGCGAAGCUAGUAUACAAGGAGAGCUUCACGGACAUUCUAUAUGUCCAGUCAGCAUUGGGAGCAGAGCACUGCAAAUUAAAUAAAAGUACAGAAUGGGCAAGCGGGGCAGCCAUUGUUGGGAGUAGGCUAGCAGUGAGAGUAGGAUUGUCAGGCUUUGACGAGAAGAGGUUGAGGCCAAAGAACCAGGUUAGAAGUUUUGGUUUUGGCUGCCCAUUGUACAGUGCAGGCAGGAUGGCAGAUAUGGCAGAGGAAUGCUCAUCCUGUAAGAUAUGGGAAUUCAUGGAACCUGCUUGUCUCCCUGAUAACUACACCUGAAGGAAGUACACCCAACUCCAGCUCAUGAAAGUUCAUAAGGAACUGGAGCUGGGAUUGGAUCAUCCAGGAGGCAGAGCAAAUGAUAGAUACAACUUUUGAGCAGAUGGUUACACCCAGAGUGCAGAAUUAGGGGAGUAGAUGGGUGAACACAGAGAGGUACAAGGAAAAGGAAGUCCCCCUGUAGGCUGUUCCCCUCAGCAACCCCUUUGGAUACUGCUGAGGGGGUUGACCUAUCUGGGCAACGCAGCAGCAGCCAGACCAAUAGCAUUGUGGUCAGCUCUGAGCCCCAGAAGGGUGAUGUAAAGUCAAGGGGAGCAAUAGUCAGAGGGGACUUGAUGGGGGACAGAUAGGAGAUUCUGUGGCUGCAAAAGAGACAUCAGGAUGGUGUGUUGCCUCCUGGAUGCUAGGGUCCAGGAUGUCUCUGAGCCAUUGCAGAAUAUUCUGGAAGGUGUGUGUGAGCAGCCAGAAGUUGUGGUACAUGUUGGUACCAAUGAUACAGGCAGGAGAGGGGUAGAGGUCCUGCGUAGUAAGUUUAGGGAGUUAGGAAGGAGUCUGAAGUGCAGGACCUCUAAGGUGGUAAUCUCCGAUUACUCCUGGUGCCACAAGAUAGUGAAGAUCAAAACAGGAAGAUAGCGCAGAUGAAUGAGUAGCUGAGGAGAUGGUUCAGGGGGCAGGGUUUCAAGUUUUUGGAUCUUUGGAACCUGUUCUGGGGAAGGGGUGAUCUGUACACGUGGGAAGGGUUGCACCUGAACUGGAGGGAAACUAAUAUCCUAGGAGGGAAGUUUGCUAAUGCUACUGGACAGUUUUUAAACUAGAUUUGCAAGGAGGUAGGAACCGAAGUGAAGAGACAGAAGAUGGUGCAGUUGGCGCACAAGUAGUGACAGCUUGUAAGGGAGUUUAUGAGAAAGGAUAGGCAGAUGAUAGAGCAAAGAAGCACUCAACCAGAUGGUUUGAGAUAUGUCUAUUUUAAUGCAAGGAGUAUGAUAAGCAAGGUGGAUGAAAGAGCACGGAUCAAUACACGGAACUAUGAUGUUGUGGCCAUUACAGAAACUUGGAUUGACUUGGGCAGGAAUGGCUGCUGGGCUUUAGAUGUUUCAAAAAGGACAGGGUGGGAGGCAAAAGAGGUAGGGGAGUGGCACUGCUAGUCAGUGAUAGUAUCAUGGCUGCAGAUAAUGACCAGGGUAGCCCAUCUUGUAAAAACGCUGCCCAGAAGAAGGCAAUGAGAACCACUCAUGGAAGGAUUGUCUACUGAGUCAUUGUGGGUGGAAGUCAGAAACAGGAAGGGGGUAAUAACUUCACUCCUGAUGAAGGGUUUCGGCCCGAAAUGUCGUCACUACCUCCUUCCAUAGAUGCUGUCUGGCCUGCUGAGUUCUGCUGUUUCGUGUUUUUAAUAACUUUACUGCAUGUUUUCUAAUAGAUCCUUCAAUAGUAACAGAAACAUCGAGGGGCAGAUAGGGAGGCAGAUUCUGGAACAGUGCAAUAAUAAUAGGGUUGUUGUGAUGGGAAAUUUCAACUUUCCUAAUAUUGACUGUUAUCUCCUUAGAGCAAGGGGUUUAGAUGGGGUGGAGUUUGUUAGGUGUGUUUAGGAAGGUUUCCUGAUGCAAACCAACUAGAGGAGAGGCUGUACUUGAUCUGGUAUUGGAAAAUGAACCUGGUUAGGUGUCAGAUUUCUUCUCAGUGGGAGAGCAUUUUGGUGGUAGCAAUCAUAGCUCUUUCUGUGUUACCAUAGCACUGGAGAGUGAUAGGAGCAGACAAUUUGGGAAAACAUUGGGGUGAGGGAAAUUUGCUAUUAGGCAGGAACUUGGGAACAUAAAUUCGAAGCAGAUAUUCUCAGGGAAAUGCACGACAUUAAUGUGGCAAAUAUUCAGGGAACAUUAGCAUGGAUAUGUACCAUUGAGUUCUAGAGCCAUAAGGUAAUGUUACAGCUAUAUAAGACCUUGAUUGGACCUGUGUUCAGUUCUAGUCACCUCGCUAUAGGAAGGAUAUGAGUACUAUAGAGAGUGCAGAGGAGUUUUACAAGGAUGCUGCCUGGAUAGAGAGCAUGCCUUUUGAGAAUAAAUUGAGUGAACCUGGCCCUUUCUCCUUGGAGUGACAAAGGAUGAGAGGUGACCUAAUAGAGGUAUAUAAGAUGAUGAGGAGCAUUGAUCAUGUGGUAGCCCGAGGCUUUUCCCCAGGCUGAAAUAGGUAACAUGGCAAGACAUAGUUUUAAGGUGCUUUGAAGUAGGUACAAGGGGAUAUCAGAGGUAAGUUUUUCACACAGAGUGGUGGGUGCGUGGAAUGUACUGCCGGCGAGGUUGUUAAAGGUGUAUACAAUAGGGUCUUUUAAGAGACUCUUAGAUAGGUACAUGGAGAUUAGAAAAAUAGAGGGCUAUACGGUUGGGAAAUUCUAGGCAGUUUCUUGAGUCUUUAAAGUGCUGUGGAUUUCUGUGUUACUAAGUAAUCUGUCAGGUUGGGGUGAGAUGAAGCAAAUGAGUAUAGUUCUGAAUUCACACUUUGUCCUCAUUAGUUUAAUUUAGUUGAGGGGAGGUGAAACAAGGAAUUAAUAUUUUUUGCUGACUGCUUAUUUCAUUUAUUUUGAUUAUUUACAAUAUUCACUUAUUUUGUUCGUUUCAGUAAUUCUGCCAUUUUCACUAAUGUCGCUAUAUUAGAUUGUUCAUUUUUGCUUGUUUCAUAAUAAAUAAUCCAACAUA